UUCUGGUGUUUUUAUUUUUUUCCGCGCCUGGAGCGCUAUAGUGACCAGACGCGCUAUGAACAUUGUUUUAGUUUUUUCCCCCGUAAUCUGGUUGAACCUGCUUGGUCACAAAAGCUGGUUGUUAGUAUUAAUUGUAUUUUCGAGCAGCCCGACUGUGACUCUUUUCCCAAGUAGCUAUCUCGUAAAGCAGACAACUAAUAGUAACUUUUUAGUUUUUAACCGCACAGUCAUCUCUCGUCUAAAGUGUCCUGGCGUUGGAAUGGAGUCAUCAGAUCCGGCUGAAAUUCGAGCCAUUCGCGAGAGCUUUGCGAAAGCUCUGGACUGCCUGAACACGGGGCUCCAGUAUGAUGAUACUGGGAAUAAGGAGCAAGCUCUUCUUCAGUACAGACUGGGCAGGCGGCAUCUUCUCGGAGGGCUCGAAGUGAACACACAGGGCGCGCGCUGCGUCGGACGCGACUGGGACGUCGCGCGACAGACGCAGCUGAGUAUGAACGAGACUCUGAGCAUCAUCACCUCUCGUCUAGGGGUGCUAGAGUCCACCGCGACCCCGGCUCAGCGCCUUUACCCGACCCUUCCUGUCCUCCAGGACCCCCAGCCACUAGCAUCUAACACCAGAACACACCUCUCAGCUUCAGGAGGGGCCCCUGCUCGUCCUGCCUCCCCUAUGGUGGGCACCACUGUACCCAGUGAGCUUCCACCAGCCUACACUCCACAACCAACAGAUGGGCACCUCUCAUUCUCUCAUGGAGGCAACAGGCCAUUUCAAGCUGCUCAGCCCCAGCGUCAGGCACUCGCCCCAGUCAAUCUUAGAGAGGUUGGCAUGGAGAUUUUGUUCUUGCCCAGUGGGGUGCAGAUGUUCUUUGUGUCUGCUGAGGGUCAUGUCAGCGCCCCUUCUUAUCCAGGAUACCUACGAAUAAUAAUAUACAGCAGCCAAAACUCUGACAGGAGUGCUGGCUAUGCCCCAGCCUACCUACAGGUUUGUGAUUGGAUCUACCCACUGUACCCUGACUCCCCAAUCUUACUUAGCAACAAAGGUGUGUUCACAUUUCCUGACACCACAGCAGGAGUGCCAGGGUCCUACGUCGGGGUUGUGCUGUCCUCAGAGCUGCCUGCGGCGGACCGGGAUCGGUUCCAGCAACAGCUGUCAGUGUUGGCACAGCUCAGGGUCCAGGUAGAUGAAGAGCAAGGUGGUGCUACAGGAAAAGACACAAACCUGAGUGAGAAGGUUCCUCCUUCAGAAACACAAUCACCAGGAGGGGAGGAGAAACCUGUUCCCGUGUGGAGUGAAAAAAUGUCAGAGAGCAUUCUAGCAGGGACCUCCUGGCUGGGUCGGGAGCUUGUGCGAGGAGCUGAAGUGACCGGUAAAGCAAUCCAGAGAGGAGCAACUAAGCUACGAGAAAACAUCACCCCAGAGGAGACGCCAGCAGAGGUCAGCCCCAAGGUCACCAAGGGCCUAAAUGCAGCCAAGCAGGCCACUGGGGGUGCUGUGAAAGUCAGCCAGUUUCUAGUGGAUGGAGUCGCUGCUGUAGCAGAUAGAGUUGGGAAAGAACUCGCUCCACACAUGAAAAAACACGGUAGCAAACUCAUCCCAGAAUCCCUCAAGAAAAGCAAAGACGGCUGCUCCAAAAUGGAUGGAGCCAAGCUGGUGGCUGGAAGCAGCAUACAAGGUUUAUCAACUCUCUGGUCAAGUCUGGAGACAGCAGCAAAAACUAUUGGCAAAAGUAUAACUUCGGAGACGGUGACUACUGUGAGGCACAAGUAUGGAGACGAGGCAGGACAAGCUGCAGACACUGCAGUACAGUCGGCUGUCAAUGUAGGUGUCACAGCGUUUAAUGUGGACAAUCUGGGCAUCAAGGGUGUACUGAAGAGCACAGGCAAGCAAACUGCAAAAGCAAUGGUGAAGGAUGAGUCAGGAAGUGACGGAACUAAGGAGAAAGAAAAGCCACCUAUAGAAGGGCAGGAUGAGAAAAAAUAAGGAAAUCAUUUUGUCAUGAUUUACCUUUUAUCGUGUAUGUUCUUGUAGCACAUAUGAUCAUUUUGUAUUGAUAAUGAGAUACUGUGUAAUGUUUACAGAGAGAUGCACUUAGACACUGUAUUAGUCAAAUGUUCUACCUUUGUUACAGCCUUACUUACAGAUAAUAUAUUUCUAUUUUCUUAAAAUAUUCAGAGGGUUAUAUUUUUAGAAGGAAACAAUUGCAUGUAAUUUAGGAAUUACAUUUAGGAUUUAGCACUUUGCGCCCUUUGGGCCAUUAUUGUAGCUCAAGUUAAUCUUCUAGCAAGUGCCUCAUUAAAGUUUACUACAAAAAAUAAUAAUAAUAAUAAAAAAAAAAUCAUAGUAACUUUUUUUUUUUACUGUAUUUGUAUCUAACUGAAAAAUCUAACUGCUACUUUUUGUAACUUUUGUGUACAACUCCCAUAGUUGUAGGCUGAUAAAAUUAGUAAGUUUCUUCAUGCAUACCUUCUAUUUGAUAUGAAUGUACAUUUGUCAAACAUCAACUUACAGUGUUGUUGUAAAUAGUAAAACCAGGUUAAAGGUUAUUAAUUUAGGUAAGGUAACAGCAUCUAGAAUAGUGGCCAAAAGUAAUGUCUAAGGGGGAUAUUUGCACACAAAAAAUGCUUUUAAUGACACUUAAAAUGACACAGGUUCUAUUAAACAAUCAAAAUAUUAGGAAUAUGUUAUAUUGGAAAGAAGAAUACACUAAACUUUGUUAAGGUAAAAGACAAAAUUAUUUAGCAAGAAAGGAAAACUCUGAUAUACGAUAUAUAAUUAUAUAUGGGGUUUAUUUUAUUGUGCAAAAAAAAAAAGAAA